UGGUGAAGUUUAGUGAAUUGCGCGACCAAACCAGAAUGAGCGCACGCAGCAUGUUGCAGUGCAGAGAUUCUUUUAUUUAGGGUUUUCGAAUCCCUAGAAGGUUUUUUUUUUUUUUAAUUCUUAGUUCUACCUACAUCAUCAUCGUCAUCAUCAUCCAACACCAUGAUUUCUUCCACCAUUCUUCACUCAUACCCCUCUUUCAAAUUCCAAUCUUUUCUCAAACACCCUUCUCAUACAGAUCCCCUCAAACCCUACCCUUCCAUUUCCAAUUUCAGGAACAGCAACCUCACCUGCAAGGCGCUCUUCACCGACGAUGCCCCCUUUGCUGCCGCAAUCGGCGCUUGCAUGUUCACCUCUCUGCUGCUUCCCGUCGCCGCUUCCCCGGAAGAUGACGAAGACGCCGACUCCGCCGUCACCACAACCGACGCAAGGCUCGUCGUCAUGGGGAUUCUAAGUUUCAUCCCUUAUUUCAAUUGGCUCAGCUGGGUUUUCGCGUGGCUCGAUACUGGCAAACGACGUUAUGCUGUCUACGCACUUGUUUAUAUGGCUCCUUAUCUCAGGUCAAACCUAUCACUUUCGCCUGAAGAAAGUUGGCUGCCUAUUGCCAGCAUUUUAUUCUGCAUCGUUCACAUUCAGCUGGAAGCAAGCAUUAGAAAUGGAGAUAUUCAGGGGUUUCAACUAUUCAGGAAUGUCGCGGAUCAGCUACCAUCAAAUAAUAGGAAAAAAAGUCAUGUGAAUCAGCAUCAAGAAAUGACUGAGGAGGGAAGCAAGAAAGGAAAGAAGAACCUGCCACAUGCCCAAGAACGAUCAAGGGAUAUUGGAGGUUGGGAAGAUUCACAUACGCCUUUGCAACCCCGUCAGCACUUGAAUGAAGACUUGGACGAUGAUGUCAAAGAACGAAACAAGCACUGAACUUGGAAGAUUCAAUCAAGUCUCAAGCCCAAUUCUGGCACCCCUGAGCUGUUUGUUUAGUUUUGAGGCGUUUCAAUGAAACUAAAGCUUUGUCUUAAUUGAUGUUGCUCAGUUUUCAUGUUGUCAUCAUGAGAUGAAUUCUUUUCAUGGCUGGUUUUACUGGAUGAUAUUGAAGGUGCCAUAUAUAGACAGCAAGAAUAUUGUAUACUUGUUCUUCUUCCACCU